AACGACGUGGAAGACAGGGCCUUCGACUGACUGCAGACUGCUCUGUUCCAGCCAAAGAGCAGCUUUGUGAGCCCUCUUGGGAACUCCAGCACGUUUCAAGCACAUUAGUCCUCUCAUGCCUCAAAAUAUUUGGCAACAGGCAUAAUCAGCCUGUCUGAGGAGCAGAGUUCUCCUUGGAAGGAGCUGAUGGUUGUAUGUCCAUCAGUCCUGGCCUGCAAAAUGCAUGUCCUGGUUCCAUGCCUGCUUCUGUGUUGUCCAUCUCCUUGUGGCUGCUUGGGAAGGGGGUGGCUGUAGGUAGCCAGCAAUCUCCCAGAGCAAGUCAUCAGCUUUAUCAGCUUCCAGGUGACAAUAUUUUUGGAAAGAGGACAGUGGAGAGUGAGUCACGGGCUUAAUGAAGCAGCCUGCUUGGUCACCUUCCUCUUUGAGAUGGUUGAAAUUAAAAAGGUCAUUGGUCAAAUGACUUAAAGGAGAUCCUUGACAGUUAUUGCCCAUAAUGACACUGCCUUUGUCACCAUUACACUUGUGGUCCAGUGGAGAUCAGGGAUAAGCCUCUGUCGUAAAAAUGUCAAAACAACCAGCAUCACAUGUCAAAGCCAUUCAGGCUAAUAUUAACAUCCCAAUGGGAGCAUUUCGACCAGGUGCGGGCCACCCUCAUAAAAGAAAAGAAGUUACACCUGAAGAAGUGGAGGAGAAUGCUCCUGCUUCAACAGAGGAGGGGACAGAGAAGAAACUGCUCCCAGGAGCUAAGAAACUUCCAGGUCCUGCUGUCAACUUGUCAGAGAUUCAGAACAUAAAGAGUGAGCUGAAAUACGUCCCCAAAGCUGAACAGUAGCUGGAAGAAGCAGGUCUGACAAGUGAAACUGAAUGGAUUCCAAUGAAUGGAGAAAAUUUCAAAUAUUUUAUAUAUUUGUAUGAAGACUAUGAACUUCUCAACUCUUCAACACCCCACAAGAAGAAUCUUCUUUGUACAUUUAUAUCAAUGCUUUCUCAUUGUCCAUUUUGUUUAACAGAGGAAAGUAGUGCUGCAAUAAAACAGAACAAAGCAACUAGCUAUGAAUAUGUGUAUUGUACAGGAAUGAUUUUGACCUGAGAAAGGGAGUAGUGUAACUUGAAGUUUGAACAAAAGUAGAAAACUAUUUUAAAAUUACAUCAUUAUUUUCAAUUAAUUUGGUUUCUUUCUUUUUGAAAAAUGUCCAUGUGUAGAAAAGAGUUUUUAAAUUAAUUCACAAAGCGCAGAAUAAAUGAGGGAUAUAACAUCUUAUGCUCUGCUGUGAGUUCCUAGUUAUAGAAGAGGAGUCAUGUGUCAUGUGUAAUAAAGGAAAUUAAAAUAUUAAAAGCCAUGGUCUUUCUGGUGAGUUGAGCUUAAUUCUUCUUUUGUUGUAGAGACAAAGUAUUUAUUUUCCUCCAGAAUCUAAAAUGCACUGCUGUUCUGAUACUUAUGCACCACCUUUAUGCAAUGAGUACACAAGAUGUAAGGUAGCUGACAGAAAACCUGCAACCUUUAUUCAAGCAAACAGUCAUCCAGCCUUGAUGGAACAUGUUCAUGAAUAUGGCCUGAAGGAUCAUUAUCUUCAAAAGCUCAAAUCAAAAGGGGAUACUGGGAUAUGGAUGCUGGGCUAAAGUAAUGUAUGAUCACAGCACCUCUUCAUAGAGUGGUUAAUCCUUGAUGCUUGCAUUAUAUGGACUGUACAUAAAAGAAGACUGAUGCAUAUUCCAUUUUUGGAAAUGAGAUCUAUUGUAAGAGAAAUUUAAUACACUGUGUCUCCAUGGUCUCUUUUAUGUUACUUACUGUAAAGGGAUAUGAGGAGCUGUUUUUAAUAAUAUUCUUCUAAUGUUGAUUGAAACUA